AGGGGAGCUGCAGCUGAUUUGCUGAUGUCAGGGAGAGCCAGUGCAGCAUUUCAUGGUGCAGGGUGGAAACGCGUGCUGCCAUCUGCCUCGAUCUGCGCUCUCAGUAAGGCUCACACAUGCAAGCCCGGCAAGAAAGAUGCUGCCAACUCUCAAGAUUUGGACGUUGUUAUCUCUAUGGCUCUGCUUCCUAUCCCAACCGGCUCAUUUGAAGAAGCCUUUCCGAUGUCCUUCAACAUGCAGCUGCUCCAGGGAGUCUAUCAUUUGCGUCGGGUCCUCCUAUGUCCCAAGGAUUACCCCCAACGACGUCAGUUCUUUGUGAGUAUCUCUCCAGUAUAAGAUGUUUUCGCUCGGGCAAUGCUUGCAUGUGUAAUAUGCAACAAUAUAUGGCUUUUUAAGUUGAAAUACAGCUAUCUCUGACUAGAUUUAACAUGGACACCAUCUUAAUGAGAGGUGAUGUUGCCAGGCAAUGCACCCAAGCUCCUCUGAUUGAUCACUUUUUGUAUGUCAAUCGCUCUUGGUUGCUUCGUGUUUAUAAUUUUUGCUUCUUCCUUCCAGGAGUAUCGUCAAUGGGACUUUUUCUGAGGUCAAAGAGGCAAUGUUUGCUCACAUGCCAUCCCUCCAGCUACUGUAAGAGUGCUUCAAAUGCAUGUCAUUCCUCUGUACUGUGUGGCAAGAUUGACUUAACCCUAUGGCGAAUUUGUUUCAUUUCAAUACCAUAUGAACUUUGUCAUUUGAAUAUAUCCUUUAAUUGUUGUGGUCUAAUUUGAUCAAAAUCAGAAAACACUCAACAGGGACACAAAGUUUGUAUGUUCUGUUGGAGUAAAAGUAUAUUUUAUAUAAGGCUGUUUUCUUGCAUCUUACUACUUCAUCUAAACUACUUUUUUGUUAGCAGGAAGGUUUGAUUCAAGGCCUAGAUACUUUAAAACUAUUAGUUGAGUCAUAAGAUGUAAGCGUACUAUCAUGAAAUACAUCAUACACCCAAGAACAUCAGUCUAGUUUGGUUUUCGUCAUGGAGGAAGCUGAGAUUACAGAAAAAAAACAAAGGCGUGCCGAAUGUACACAAUAAAGCCAAAGGCCUAUCACACAAGGUGAUUCACACUAGAAGAUGCAUAUUGUUGUGAGCAGCCAAAGCCUAAAGCUACAUGUGUGAUAUACAUGUUAUUUUUUACAUGCAACUUACCUUUAAAAAGAAAAGGUUAUAUGUUUUAGCACUAUCUUUGUGGCUUAUUAAUGCUAUUAUUACAGAGGACAUAACCUUUUAAGAGCUAGUCCCAUUCGCAGUAAUAGAUGUGUUGAUAUUAACAGGGUUUAGAGACUUUGCUCUAUUUAUAGCCACUAAACUGACAAUUUGAAAUGCACAAUGUGACAAGCCGAGUGUUUACUGAGGACAUGAAACAGUGUUUUCUUCUGGCAGCCAGGGUACUACCGUGAAUGUCACUUUUUGUUUCAGGCUUCUCAAUUCCAAUUCUCUCACCACAGUAAGGGAUGAUGCGUUCUCAGGCCUUCCACAUCUGGAGUAUCUGUAAGUUCCCUAAGUACUGUUACUGAUUCUCUUUUUGUUCAAUAACUUAUAUACUGUAUAUCAAAAGAAGCUGCUUGACCGCAUAAUAUAAACACACAAAACAGAUUUCUAGGAGAUGUUAUUAGUUUGAGGUUUUGUGGUUUGUUGUUUUUUUUUUUUCAUAGUAAAAAAUGCAGCAAAGUAUUGAUUGUACACCCUCUAGUGGUUCAAUAUGUACUGUUUCAGAAGUCUCACUCAUUUAAAAAAGUUACAAAUUAACUUUAAGGAAUUGUCAAUUUGCAUUGACUUUAGCCCCCUGUAUAAUCUACAGGGGGCUAUAGAACUAAGAUGGAAUACCCAAAUCUUCAAAAAAUAAGUGGAUUACUAAAACUGGAUAAAUCUAUCCUGAUUGAAAAUGCUGAUCAACUGGGUCCUGCAGUUUCUAGUUUUGGCUAGUGGAUAACCUAAUCCAAAGCUGGAUUCAUUCAAUAUGUUUUUUAUUUAUUUGUUUGUUUGUUUCCACAGGUUCAUUGAAAGUAAUAAAUUAGAGACUACAUCCAAAUAUUCCUUCAGAGGACUCAGGGACUUGACUCACUUGUAAGUUCAAACCUUUAAAUGCAUUCCCUGUGAAAGCCUGUGUAAUGUCCUUUUUAGUGUAUUUUCAUUCACGGAGCAGUAAGGAUACACUUUUUUCAUCGUUUAAUGUGAAUUUUUUUUACUGUUUUUUUCUCUGUGUUGACUGUAUGCUGUCAUUUUUAGGUCUUUGGCAAACAACAACAUUAAAGCCUUACCCAGGGACAUCUUCAUUGAUUUGGACUCACUGAUUGAGCUGUAGGUUUGUCAGUCAUUUAAGAAGUGUAAAUCUUGUUUCUCUCUUAAUGUUACAUACUGUUAAAACAUCAAUUUCUCUCUUACUUACUCUCAGUUGCUCAUCUGUUUGGUUUCUCUUCAAUAAUAAAAAGUUUUCCUCUUUUGCAGGGACCUUCGAGGUAAUGCCUUUGAGUGUGACUGUCGUGCCAAGUGGCUGAUGACUUGGCUCAAGAACACCAAUGCCACAGUGUCGGACGUUGUGUGUGCUGGACCUGAGGAAAUGAAGGACAAGCGCCUCAAUGAUAUGACCAGCCUGCACAAUGAGUGCAUCUCAACGGGUAAGAAAUAUCUGACUAUGUUGGCUACAUUUCAAAUCAAACUGUCAUCAGUAUUGCGCAGGCUAGCUUUGUCAUCAAAAGAGCUGUGAAAGUAAAGGACAUUGCAGACACCUCUUAUGCUUUUCACACAUGCACUGCACCUCUGAAAGGGACAAUGAACUGUUUUCAUGCAGAAUUGUUUUUCAUUUAUAUCUACAGAUUUCGUACUUCACCAAUCCAUUGCAUCUGAGUCUCUGUCUGUUGACACGUUCAGCUACAAGAAUGACGUCUAUGUGACUAUUGCUGCUCCCAGCACAGACAGUUGUAUGGUUUUCCAAUGGGACCACAUUGAGAUGAACUUCAGGACUUAUGAUAACAUCACAGGUAUGGCAAUCCCAUUACUGUUUAAGAAAAGCUGGAUUUAGUUGUUGUUGACCUGAUGCAGUCCUUUCCCCCCUUCUCUUUCAGGUCAGUCUAUUGUCGGUUGUAAGUCAGUUGUCAUCCUGGACCAAGUGUUUGUCAUCGUGGCUCAGCUCUUCGGUGGUUCCCAUAUAUAUAAGUUUGAUGAGGACCAAAGCAGAUUCAGCAAGUUUCAGGACAUUGAGGUGUCUAAGAUCUCCAAGCCCAAUGACAUUGAGGCCUUCCAGAUCGGUUCUGACUGGUUCUUUGUGAUUGCUGACAGCUCCAAAGCAGGCCUGUCCACCCUCUACAAGUGGAACGAUAAGGGCUUUUAUUCAUACCAGUCACUUCAUGAAUGGUACCGGGAUACAGAUGCAGAGUUCUUGGACUUGGAUGGGAAGGCCCACCUUGUUUUGGCGAGCCGCUCGCAGGUGCCUGUGAUCUACCAGUGGAGCCGGAGCAACCAAAAGUUUGUCCUACAGGGUGAGAUCCCCAACAUGGAAGAUGUUGUAGCUGUGAAGCACUUCAGGAUUAAGGAGGAACUUUACUUGGCCAUGACCCGUUAUAUUGGCGACUCCAAAGUUCUACGCUGGGGUGCCAAACAGUUUGCAGAGAUUCAGGCAUUGCCUUCAAGAGGCUCCAUGAUUCUCCAGCCCUUCUUUUUCAAAGAUCGCUACUACCUGGCCUUGGGAAGCGAUUACACCUUCUCGCAGAUCUACCUGUGGGAUGAUGAUGAGAAACUCUUUGAACGAUUCAAGGAAGUUUACAUCCAGGCACCACGUUCCUUUACUGUGGUUUCCACUGACCGCAGGGACUUCAUCUUCACAUCUAGCUUCAAGGGCAACACACAGAUCUUUGAGCACAUCAUCAUUGACUUGAGCUUGUGAGGAGCUCUGCCUUAUCUACCCUUCUGCAAUCGAACGUCUUCCACUAUAAGAUUCAUUUUCAAAGGGAAAGAAAGGACCAUAAUGAACUCAAUGAUCUCUAAACUUUUUGGUUCCUACUAAGUGAUUUUUCAUGGAUAAGUCAAGCCAGUUGUGCUUGGAAUCACUUUGUUUCGUACCUUUUAGGUACUCUUUCUAGGAAAGGGAUGAUUUAAAAUUCAAUUUGAUCUUUUUUGGAUGUACAGCUAUCACAGAGUUAAUGGUUUAGUACCCCUAAAAUUAUACAUCAGGACCUUAGAAAGAGAAAAUCUCUUAAUUUCAAAGGUGUUGGAGAUAUGGCUGUCCCUCACCUCUUAUCCUUAUACCCUGUGGUGAUGAACAGUAUGUUGCCUUACCAGCACUGGGGAUCUGUGUUCUGAUGGGCCCACAGUGCCUCCCAGUGGCCGUGAUAGAGUGUCACACCCCUUUGCUUUUUUCAAAACAGGGAAUGUCUUGAAAGCACAAACCUUUAAUUAUAGUGAGGCCCCAGACCUUAGAGUGUCAUUGUUAUGUGAAAGUGUAACUGUAGGUGCUAUAGAUUAUUGCAAACAGUAAAAAAAAAUGGAUUAAAUUUCUGUGUUAGAAGGUUAAAUAUUCAAAACUUAGGCUAGUUUGGACAAUACAUAUAAUUAGAAACAACCCAUUUAUAUGUAGUUAACCUUGUAGUUCAGAGUGUUAUAAGUGGAAAAGCAGUUAAAAGCCCUUCCAUCCAUGUAAUGUUGAGGUGUUGUCAGGGAAGUAAAACCUACUUACAAAGUUAAAAAAAAAAUCACCACAGUUGGUCAGUGUCUUUUUUGGAUUUAAACUUUAAAAAAUCUCCAAGUGAUUGUCAGUGGACUCAAAUUUAUAAAAUUUGAUUGGACAAGAUAAUUUGUCUGUCAAAAAAUGAAGGGAAUAUGAGGUUUAUGUAUAUAUAUUCACUGAACUUGAGAGGCAUUUUUGCUCUAAUCAUUUUGUUCUUUAAAAAUACUGAAUGUUAAAUUUCAAGCUCCGAAAUGUACAUAAAACGAGGACUGCAAUGCCACUACCUGUCACAAAAAUGAUCUGAACAGAUUUUUUGCACUUAAUUUCAAAUAGUUGAAACGUUACUGCAACUUGCAAGAGCAUGACAUACAAAAAAAAGGUGUUUGCCAAAUUCAUUUUAUAGAUGAACCUACCAGACUCAGAAGUCUAAAAGUGCUUCUUUACUCUUUAAGUGAAUGGUAUUGCAACUAAAAAAAAAGUGUAAUGGAAUAUGCAAGCUUUACCACAUACCGAUUAUUUUGUAAGAUUUUGUUUAAUGCAUAUUGAAUGUUACUCUUAAAAUACACUGUAAAUUAAAUCAUUUGAGUAUCAAAAUAAAUGUUUGAAAGUAUGAUAGUAAGAUGUGUUUCAUCCAUCAAUGAUCGUAGAAAUUAUGGGCUCAUUCUCAUUUCUGAAGUGGUGAUAGCGGUUAGGAGUUGAUUAGGGUAGCUGGUGAAGAUUGUGGGAGGUAAAGGGUAACCAUUUGCUUGCCCUUUUCAUCAACUCUAGGGAAAACAAUUGUAGAGCAGUCUUCAAGGAUAGCUGGUUUGUUCAGCGAACCACACAGAAAGGCAUGUGAUUUGUUGGAUAUUUGGAUAUCCCCAAACUGUGCUACACUUAAAUCUUUUAACCUUAAUAAAACCUUAAUAGGUGUGUAACAUAAUACUGUAAAAAUAAUCACCAAUAUAAUUGUCCGGAAUAAAGAAAAAGAGACUUUUUUUUUUAAGGCUGUGGGAAUAUUAAAUUCUUCUGUGUUUUUUGUUUCCUAUGGUGCUGAAUGGAGACUCAAUUUUAAAGCCAGCCUCAAGGGGCCACUUGAAGAACUGCAGUUUUUGGUACUGUUGCAAUGGCUUCCAUUUUCAGCUCACUAGGUUGUAUCUCUGUAAUGAGUGUUUCUUUUUUUCUUCUCUUACAGAGUAACUAACAGUUUCAUUAGGAAAACAAAACUAUUUGGAUGGCGUUUUUCUGCCAAUAUUGAGUGUAAUAAGAUCUUCGAGGUUCCAUAUAAUGAAAAACAUCCCCCAUUUGCUCAUGUCACUAUGUUUCCUUUAUCUGAUGUGAUCACUUUGGGGCCAGGUGAAGAAAAGCAGAAAUUUAAAUAUUUAUUUCAAUUUAUUUUUUGUUUUACAAUAACGGAUAAAACGUGCAAUUUUGAAUAAUUAAGAUGUAACUUUUAAGGUUAACUUUUGAGGUUGCAAUAAGUUGGGAUUCGCUGCAUGGUUGUGAAUUAAAAACACUAAAAAUUAAAUGCUAUAUUUUUGACAGGGUAAUGGAUCUUGCAAGGCACUAUCUUCAUCAGUAACACAUUGCUUUAGGGCUAUUUCAGACUGGCAGCAGAUGCAGAUGAUGGCUGAUGGUUGUUGUGACUAAGCGGAGAACCAUCGCCAUAGGGAGUCCUGACCUCUUCUGUGGGAACUCCUGCCUUAGACCAGGUAAUGGUGUUAUUUGAACUGUGAUCAUAACAGUAAUCCAGUAACAGAGUCUAAGCAGACAUUAAAUUCUCUCUCAAAGAAAGGACCAAAUGAGUGAGCAACAGGAAAGUUGAGAGGAGAAAGAGCACUUUUACUCAACAAGACCAUCAUACUUAAUCUCUAUGUAUGAUGCCACAGAUUCACCCCAGUCAACAAAGAAUUGCUGUAUUCAUUUAGGUGUUAGGCGGGCUCUGCUUUUUCAUGGGUGAAUACAAUUAAUACAUUUGGAAAACCUCAGUUUUUGUUAAAGCUGAUAAACUGUUUCGCCAAUUUUAUGAGAAUGACUGUAGGCC